GCCGAACUUCAUAGGGUGCGUUCGGGGAUCGCGUUAUCAACAUUAAAGAGCCAAUCUAUCCUUGUUUUUUAUUUAAUGAGCAACAAAGAUAGAAUAACGUUUUAGCGCUCACAGCGCGCUUCCCGAACGCACCCAUAAACACGCGAUACGGCCAGAUACGGCGACGGGGCGGUAGCGGCUCCCAGGAUUUUCAUCUUUUUACUUAGAAUGGAGGAGAUCGACAAUAUAAUAAUACACUCGUUGCGACAAAUAGGCUGUGACAUCGAAGAGAGUGUGACAAACUUAAGUGGCUUUAAUACUGAAUUAGUUGUGGAAGCGACAGUAAGAUGCUUAGAAGCAAUAAGGCCAAGUUUAGGAUUGUCGACUGUACUACCUGUGAAUAUGGCAGCCCGUUUUCGACUGGGUGCUACUCUUGCACAAUUGUGUACAGAACUCGGGUACCGAGGUGAUAUCGGUUAUCAAACAUUUCUAUACAACUCAGAAGCAGAUUUGCGGAGAGUAUUCAUGUUUCUCAUUGAAAAACUGCCAAAGGAGAGUGAAAAAACUGUAAAUGAGUCGAUGAGUAAGGUUGCCCUGUUAGAGAAGUCAGUUGCAUCUGCCAUAUCACAAGGACUUUCAAUACCAUGGUUGCCGCAUUAUUGUCACAAAAAGGGAUUCAGGAACAGAGGGAGAGCUAAUACAUCUUACACGUCUGUAAAUAUUGAAGUGCCGGUAGCGAAUGUAGAGGAUGAUUAUAAGGAUUACUAUAUGCAUUAUUUACAACCAGUGCCUGAUCAAAUGCAAAACAUUUCAUGCUUUUUACCUUCCAUAAUAUCGUAUAACGCAAGAGCGCUUAAUGCCUCUUCUAUGGAUAUUACGGAAUGUAUAAAUUGGCUCAACAGUCAUCAGUCUGAAAAAGCUGCUUAUCCCACUGCACAUAACAUUGUUAAUGAGCUUAGCAAGUUUUCAUCAGACAACAAGACACAAAUCUCGACAGAUUCUCAGGUAAAACAAGAGUCUGCAACGCAUUCAGUGCUUCCAGAUCAGGAAACGUUGAAGAAUGAAGCGAAACAAGAAGUUGAGAUAGAGAGCAUGAAAGUGGAGUGUGACAGUCUUAGAAUAAGCAUAGAAGAAUUACAGAAUGAGAUGAAGAAGUUAACUACUAGAUUAACACAGGCGACUGUAACCAGCCACAAUGAGGAGAAAGAGUUAAAAACUAGCGAGGAACAAAAGAAGAUCAAAGCGAGAACAUACGAACUGCUACAAGACGGCUCGGAAAAUAUAAAGAAAUUGGAAUCCGUAAUAGAGGCUAGCACAAACAAAUUGAUCAGUUUAGCGAAUCAAUGGGAGAAGCACAGAUUACCUCUGAUCAUGAAAUAUAGGCAGGAAAGAGAGAAACAUUCUACAAAAGCUAACGCGAGCCAAAAGAAGCUGGACGAAAUAAAACUGCUGAAAGAGAAGGAAAAGGAGCUUCAGGAGGAAUGCCGAAAUAAAGAUCAGCAAUAUUCGCAGCUGGUCGCGGAGGUCCAGAAACUCCCGAGGGAGGUGAACAGAUCUGCAUAUACUCAACGAAUUUUAGAGAUAAUAAAUAACGUCAGAAAACAACGUGACGAGAUAAGCAAAGUCCUAGCUGAUACUCGAGAAAUCCAAAAAGAGAUUAACACACUUACUGGUAGACUGGAGAGGUCCUUUACCGUCGUCGACGAAUUGAUAUUCAGAGACGCGAGAACGAACGAAGCGUCGAGGAAGGCGUACAAAUUGUUGGCGACAUUACAUUCAGAUUGCAGCGAACUCGUGAGUCUUGUCGAGGAGACAGGGGCGACGAUACGAGAGAUCAGGGAUUUGGAGGAACAGAUUGAUACCGAGUCCGCCAAGAACGUGGGUGCUAAUUUGGAAAGGAUAACCGCCGAUUUAAAGCAGAUGAAGCAGGAAACUGCGGCGUUAACGGCACAACUUCAAAGUAAAGCCUCGUGAUCCUUACGUACAACAUGGCGUCGUUUUGCGAGUUGCAACAUUCAGGACCAGAUGGGAAUCUAGCACAGGAUAUAAACGAAAACACGAUCGAAUGCAUCGAAGACCAACAUGUUUUUAGCUACACAACUGGUGUGAUAAUAUAACUCAAUAUCGCCCAUGAAGAUCUUUACGAAUCUACUCUAAGUUGAUUGCUAAAGAGGGAGAGAGAGAAAGAGUGAGGAAAAAGAUUACAAAAAAUAUAGAAAAGAAAAAAACAUGUGCCUUGGCCUGGAGUCGGCAGGCACUACAGGCUUUCCUCAGCCUCGGGCCAAGUGUAUAAUAAAAACAUACUGUUAACAUCCAUCGACGCUCAAAAGGAACAUUAUUUGUUACAAAGCCUAAUAAUUUUUGUAGCGACGAGUUCGCCUUUCGUACUUCUCACGGUACCGAGAAGAUCCGAUACGGCUAUAAGCAAAAUAAAAUGCUUAAAGAAAAAUGUCGUGUCAUU